AUGAAUCUCGUUGCCAUUGACACGCUGCACCUCUUCCCGACUACUCUGGAGUGUGCCAAGCUGGUUGAGGAGAAGUAUGCCAAGAAGGCCAUGUGGAAGAUGCCGAAGGGAAUCACGACGAAGGAUGAGUUCAUUGCCAAGUACGGCGACUGUGAAGAGUUGGACUCGGCCGACUUCGACUUUGUGAGCAAGGUGGAGCCUUUCCAGCGCGCUUUGGAGGAGUGUGAGAAGGACAUCUUGAUUACCGGCCGCCGCAUGGAUCAGGCGGCCCAGCGCAUCAAGCUGGAUGUCUGGGAGGAGCAGAAGCGCACGCUGAACCCUAUGGCGAACUUCAGCUGGCAGGACAUCAUCGACUAUGUGGACAAGGAGUUCUCUCUAUGGGGCUGCCCUGAUCGUGAUGGCAGGGCUGAGGGUGUGCCAGUGAACGCUGGCCACAACUGGGCCUUCCGCUGCGACGCGCCUAUCGAGGCGACCAGCCGCCAUCUCCCGGACCUUCCAUGGACCAAGGUGGAUCUGGGAAAGCCCUUCUGGCGAUGCACGGACGCGGAGAUCAAGGGAAGCCCUGCAGCGCCCAUCACCUAUGUCUUCAAGUCUUUCGGUGACAUGCACACCACCGUGCCCGUGGAGCCCCAUGAGUCCGAGCGCGCCGGCCGUUUCGUGCGCCAGGCGAAGACGGAGUGCGGUAUUCAUACUCGCACCACCUUCGCUGGUGCUCCGCACGGCGGAUCCCUCGUUGACUUGAUGGUCAAGGAUGCGGCAACGAUCCAGAGCCUCACUGCCAGCACCGUGAAAGCGAUCGAGCUGAACGAACGCCAG